AUGCGCCGAAAUCAACAAUUCCAGAUUUUCAGCUCAGGAAAUUCCAGAAAAUCUGAAAAUUCAAUUUCAGACGUUCUCUUCAUUUUUCUCAUCGUUGGACUCAUCGUUUUGGGCGUUUUCACCAUCAAAAAACGCACUUAUUUGACACUAAAUUCAUGGGAAUUGGCUCAAGAAAUCGCUGAAAAUGCCACGGAGUUGGCAAUGGAGAAUGGGACUACUAACAUCGACUUCGCUACCGUACUCUGGAGUGUCGGCGUGGAACUGGUGAAUACGGUAAAAGUGUUGGAUGGACCACCAAAACGGGAUUUUCUGAUGAUUGUGAACAUUUUUAUUGAUGAUGAUGUGCAUGACAAAUACUCCUGGUACGUUGUAAUCUUUUCAUUCGUCGGAGCUUUGCUCUAUGGAUGGAAUGUUCUCCGUUUCGUCCUUUGGAUUGAUCAUAAAGUGGAAGAAUUUCUGGAUGAUAUGUCGAUUUAUAAAAAUGUGGCUGAUCAGAACGAAUUCUCCGAUUUCGUGUUGGAUAUACGCAAGAAAAAAGCAUUGGAAGGAGAAAUGGUUCAAAUUCAGUCGACCGCCAAUCAACAGUAUGACAUCAAGGAAGCCUGGAACAGCUUGACUAAACGGACCAUGAAGGCAUUCCUACCAAUUUCCCCGGCCCUACUGUACCUCUCCGCCUACGCAUUCUCCCUUUUCCUACUGUCAUGCUACCAUACAUGGAUGAGAAAACCCAAUGAACUAGUUGACAACAUGCGUACAGUAGCCAAUUUCGCCGCUGGCCUCGAAUCCUCGAUUUUGGCGGGAAACAAGAGAGAUUUGAAUUCUUAUGUCUUCAUUUUGGCCGGCAUUCUCAUUCAGAUUUUGUUCUUUUUGACGUGCUACCGUAUCCCGGAAAUGAUUGUGAGAGUGUACUGUGCAAUUGUUGGCCAUGAGGAUACUGUACGUCCAGCGUACUUGGAUUCUAUCAGAGAGGUCGAAAAGGAUGUCAAUAAAGCCAAACUGGCCGUUGAGCCGAAGAAAAUCGAUUGA